UAUGUCUGCUGGAAGCAAACUUUAAUGAAAAUUUUGAUCUUGUUACUACGCCGUAUGCAGAUAUUCCUUGCAAGUACAAAAAGGCGGACUACAGGGUGUAUAAAGAAGCAAAUGAUUGCUCUGUAAGAUAUUGGGAUCCAAACUGCAAUGUUGAAGAAGGUACCUUUGCUCCGGUUCAAUCAAAAUCUGAUGAGCUCUUCCUUUGGUGUUCAACUCCUUCAGGGUCUAAACUGUUUGGUAAGGAGAGACAGGCACAAGCUGGUGCUGAUAUCAACUGCUUAUGCUCCAGGAAACGUUGGGAGUUACAACAAUCAAAGGUGUUUUCUGCAGAUAACCAGGCAGCUCUGAACGUGAACGGCAGAUCUGAUUUAAGUUUGCAUUGUGAGAUGAAUGGUAACUAUGAAGAGCUGCAGUGUGACAAGGAAAGAUGUUGGUGUAUGGAUCCAGACACAGGAAAACCCUUGUCCAAGGUGGUUCCUGAGACGUUGGUUAAGUUUUUACCGUGCUAUGACAGGUCCGUGUUUGAAGAAAAGACGACAUCAAAUCAAUAUCUGCGCAAAUGUGAGGCAAGAUCAGUUGGAAUUCAGAGAACAGCAGUUCAGCUUAGGCUGCGUGGCACUGCGUGGUUAGUCAGUGAUCCUGUACUCUGUGAUGCAACCGGGGGAUUUGAUAGAACAUAUUGUGAUAGUUCAAGUGGGGCAUGUUACUGUGUAGAUAAAACAGGUCAACGAUCAGCUUACUUCUUCACAAAUACUGGAACUGUCAGUUCUUCUUGCAGUUGUGCUCGGGAUUAUAUUGACGGAAUAAUAACAAAUGUUCGUUGUGACGGAUACGGGAAUUAUCCAACUCUACAGAAGUCGACUGCGUCUAAUGGUUGGGAGGUUGAUUAUUGUUCAGAUUCAGAGGAUGGAUGGAGGCUGAGUGGGCUAGUGCCUGGGUUGGCUAACAAGCCAGGUGGAGGAACUAAGCCCUGCUGCUUGAAUUCAACAGCUGUAGAUCAUUCAUAUCAAGUACAAUCUCCACCUGAAUACCAGGGAUUCUUUCAAUGCAGGGCUUCAGUAACAGAAUGUGAUAGUGACCCAAACAACUGUGUCAAAUAUAUGAAAGAUUGUUCAUUCGGGGAGCAGUAAAUACAACUGUGAUUCGGGGAGCAGUUAAUACAACUGUGAUUCGGGGAGCAGUAAAUACAACUGUGAUUAGGGGAGCAGUAAAUACAACUGUGAUUCGGGGAGCAGUAAAUACAACUGUGAUUCGGGGAGCAGUAAAUACAACUGUGAUUCGGGGAGCAGUAAAUAUAACUGUGAUUCGAGGAGCAGUAAAUCCAACUGUGAUUCGAUGAAUAAGUAUAUAUAUAUAAUAAAGACAUUAAUGUAUUAA